AUGGCGCUUGGGAUCUCUGAUGAAGUUUUAAGCACCUACGUGCCAGUAGUAGUGUACUGGGUUUUCUCAGGGAUAUAUGGACUUUUAGGUUACAUAGAAGGCAGCCGUUUGCACCCAAAAAACGCAGAAAAUGAGGAGAAUGUAGCUUCUAAAAUUCAAGUUCUCAGAGGUGUACUUCUCCAGCAAGUUGUUCAGAUUGCAGUUGUAUCCCUAAUGAUGAAGGUUAUCGGUGACAACAAUGGUGCACCACCACCGCAGCCGUCUUUUCUAGUGAGUGCAUGCCAGUUCUUAAUUGCCAUGGUUGUUCUUGAUUUAUGGCAGUACUUUGGGCAUAGAUACAUGCACGCUAACAAGUUCUUAUUCAAGCACAUACAUUCAAAGCACCAUGCGUUGGUUGUGCCCUAUGCAUGGGGCUCUCUUUACAACCAUCCCUUAGAGGGCCUCAUUCUGGACACCGUUGGUGGCUCUUUGGCCUUUCUCCUUUCCGGCAUGACACCAAGGACUAGCAUCUGUUUCUUCUCUUUUACAACUAUUAAGGCUUUGGACAUGCACUCUGGUUUGUUUCUAAAGUGGAAUCCUUUCCAAUUGUGUUUUAGGAACAAUGUUGCUUACCAUGAUAUUCAUCAUCAGCUGAAAGGAAACAAGUAUAACUAUGCACAGCCUUUCUUUGUCUUUUGGGACAUCAUCUUUGGAACUCACAUGCCUUUCACUGUGGAGGAGAGGGAGGGAGGUGGCUUUGAGGCUAGACCAGUCAAGGAUGCAUGA